UUUUUUUAUUUUUAUUUCUUAUUAUACUUCACUUAAAUACCUAUAACAGACAUGUCAUCAAAAGAGUACAAGGCGCCAGUGACAAAGCGUAAACAGAAAGAGGAAGAGGAUUUUCCUCGUGGUGGUGCUACGGGGCUUACUCCACUUGAAUAUAAAGAGAUCGCUCAUCAAGUGGAUAGCUCGCUUUUCUCUGAAUCUGGAGCACAAACUUCAAAAAGCUCAGAUACAGGACAUCCCAAGAAAAAACAUAAAUCUAUGAAGAAAUCUGCCCCCGUUAAUUUUGAAAAUACAUUCGAUAACAAGAAGCAUAGAGUUGAGAUCUUGUCCUUUAAGCGUCUUAUUGAAGGCACAAAACUACUUGGAUGCAUUACCAAGAUCACACACGGACGGGAUAACUUGCCAGAGUUGGUCGUUGCUCUUCCAAACAACCUCAUUGGAUUUUUGAACAUUUCAGAAAUCUCCGAUGAAUUGAUUCAGGAAUCAAGAGAUAGCCUCCCAGACCUGAAUGACUAUUUUUUUGUGGGACAGUGGAUCCAAUGCGUCAUUAUUGGAUUGCAACAGGGUGCUUCUGGUGGUGCCGCAGCGUCCGGUAGUGAUAAACAUAGGCGCAAGAUCUUUUUGAGCAUGAAGCCAUUUAUCGUCAAUGCGGGAAUUAAGCCUGUUGAUAUCUCAUCAGGAACGCUUAUUUCUGGGGCUAUUCAAAGCAUUGAGGAUCACGGUUAUAUCGUCACGUUUGGAAUGAAUGGCAUGCAUGGAUUCCUAAAAAAUUCUGAAGCAAAAAUGUAUCAACGCAUCAAGAACAAUGAUAAGCCAUUGUCUGUGGGUCAAGUUCUCACUUUUAGUGUCCUGUCAGUUGAGUCUAACAAGAAGAUUGUUCAACUUACCGUCGACUCUUUGAAGGUUUCUAGGGCCACUCUUGCUGACAACUUUUCUUUCUCGGAGAUCGGAUCAAUCAUGCCCGGUGACGUCGUCGAAGCGCAUGUCACAGAGAUUCAGGAUAUUGGGGCUGUAUGCAAGUUUAUGGGCCAUUUCGACGCUACAAUCGACUAUUUCCACACAGCUCAUGGAAUAAUUGAAUCAAAGAAACAACUGGAGGAAGUUAUCAAAAUUAAUGACAAAAUCAAGGCUAGAGUUCUAUACAUUGAUUUGGCAAGCCAUCCCACAAAGAUCGGACUUUCCACUGCUAAACAUGUCAUGGGCUUGACUCAGCCUAACACCACAGAGGCAGAGAUUGGAUCUAAAGUUUACCCCGAAAAAGCCAUUCCUAUUGGCCGCUCGUUCGACACCAUUACUGUUAAACGUAUUGAUGCUCGUCAUGGCCUACUUUGCGAGAUUGAAGGAAUCGAUAUUCCAGGAUAUGUACACAUCUCACGUGUGUCAGACGAACGUCUCACCAACAUCUCCGCCGUUGGCAAAUUCAAGCUGGGCUCUGUACAUCGUGGUAUGGUUGUCGGGUAUGAUCCCGUAGAUGGCAUAUUUCAACUAAGCUUGCAAAGCUCCGUCAUUGACCAACCAUUCCUUCGCGUGGAUGACAUUAAGGUUGGAUCUAUUAUCAAGGGUACGGUUGUCAAGAGUAAUGACAAGGGUGUUGUCGUCAACUUGGCCAAGAAUAUCAAAGGCUUUGUUCCUCUCAUACACUGCGUUGACUCGGUCAUUAGCAGUAGCACCAAGAAACACAUCGAUGACAAAUUUAAAGAAGGAAAAACCGUCAAAUGUAGAGUUCUCUCCACUGACCCUACGGAUAACAAAGUCAUUUUGACUUGCAAGGACUCAUUAAUCAACAGCAAACUCCCUAUCAUUACCUCUUUGGAAGGUGUGGAGCCCGGUACUUUUUCAGAUGGAGUCAUUAUGAAAACCAAUGCCUACGGAUGUAUCGUCUCCUUCUAUAACAAUAUCAAAGCUUUUGCUCAUAUUUCUGAGCUUCAGGAGUCACAUGUCAACAAUCUCGAAAUCUUCCAGCCGGGUCAAGUUAAGACAUGUCGUAUUCUUGGAGUUGAUACUGAAGAGCAACGAAUGAAGGUGUCUUUCAAGAAAUCAUCGGAGACCGACUUAAGCUCUGCUCCCGUUGGAUCGAUUCAUAAAGGAAAGGUUGUUGCUAUCAAGAAUAAUAUCAUCCAUCUGACUCUCAAACCUUCAGAAACCAAAGCUGUCCUCAGCGUCGCCCAUCUGUCUGACCAUCUUGGCGAGCAAGCCGAGCGUAUUUAUAAUAGUAUGAAGGAAGGAAUGAUCCUUUCAGAUUUGGUUGUGCUGAAUCAAGAUGAAAAACGCGGAAACGUCCAAGUCAGUAAGAAGCCCUCAUUGGUGAUGGCUGCGAAGCUCAAUAGUCUCGUUACGAAGCGCGAGGACCUCAAAGAAGGCCAUGUCUAUGCAGCCUUUGUCCGUCAAGUCGCCAAAUUUGGUGUCUUCGUAGAAUUUGCCAAUAGGAUUGAGGCCCUCGCCUUCCGUCAUUCACUUUCAGACAUAUCCGACACUGCGUUUAUCAAGGACCAGUCAGUCUUGAUCAAGGUGACCAAGAUUGACCCUGAAAGUGGCAAGACUGAAGUGACUCUCAAGCCUUCAGAGGUCAACAAUGGCUCUGUAGAGUCGAUCAUGUUCCAGGGUGAGUUCUUAGGAUCUUACUUUAGACAACUAGAGCGCUUAGCAAAGAAAGACGACGCGGCGCUCUCUAUUGGAGCAUGCACAAUGGUCGAGAUCAAGAAUGUAACGGCAGAUCAAUGGACCGUUUCCUAUGGUGACAACAGCAAGACUGGUCUCGUGGCAGUUGAUCAUACCAAGGGUAUCAAGGGUAAAGUCGGGCUGAAAUGUGUUGCCAAGGUCCUUGAUAUCGACUUUGAAAAGGAGACCGUUGACUUUUCCCUUAAGGAUUCACUCAUUUCGGAAGAAGAAUCUAAGGAGGCUAACGCCGGUAAAGUCUCGAACAGCAAGCUUUCAAAGCAGUUUAUGAGUCUAGCUGCUCUUAACAAGUCACAGGAAACUAUCGAAGCAGUUAUCGAGUUGGUCAAGGACGACUAUAUUGUACUUUCGAUCCCUCAGUUCAAUAACAUGAUUGCAUUUGCAGCCACGCGCUCAUUCAACAACAGAAAGGAUCGCUUCAUCAGCUACAAAGUUGGAGAGAAGGUCAAGACCGUGGUUGCAUAUGUUCCCAAGUCGCAGGGUAAAGGGCAGACAGCUGAGCGUGUCAUUCUCGUUGUCGAGCCAACUACCUCGGCCACAAAAGAUAAGGAUAACAACAAGGACAAGAAGAAAACUAAAGUUACGCCAAUUGACAAGUUUGAAGAUGUAAAGGAAGGCUCCAUUGUUUCCGGCCGUGUCGGAGGUAUUCAGCAUGCUGGACUAGAUAUCCACUUGGGUGGUAAGGUCUUUGGUCGUGUCCAUUUGACUCAUAUUUCUGAUGUCUAUGCAGACUCUGAUAAGCUUUUGGGUGGCUUCAAAAAGGGACAAAUCCUCAAGUGCUUUGUCCUCAGUGUUGACAGCAGCAAUAAGAAGAUUGAUCUCUCUCUCCGUCAUUCACGUCUAUCGCCUGAAGAACAUUCUCCAGUUCACGAUCCAGAAGUCAAGGGCUUUGCUGAUAUGGCUGCUGGAGGCAUUCUUCAGGGGUUUGUAAGCAACGUGGCUGAUAAAGGAUUGUUCGUUGCUUUGAGUCCUAAGCUGAGUGGACGUGUCAAGAUUGCGGAGCUCUCGGAUGAUUAUCUAAAGGAUUGGAAGAGCAAUUUUACAGUGGGUCAACUUGUUAAGGCUAAAGUCGUCAGCUUGAACGAGGAUCGUAACCAGAUUGAGCUGACACUAAAGGCCAGUCAAAUUGAUCCCAGUUUCAAAGCCGCCCAAACUCUUGCUGAUUUUACCAAGGGUCAGAAGAUCAAGGGUACGAUUAAGGCCGUUAAGGACAUUGGUGUCUUUAUCAAGAUUGAUAACAGCAAUGUUAGUGGUCUCUGCCAUAUUUCUGAAAUCUCAGAGAACCGCGUUCCUGAUGUUUCCAAGUUGUAUGCGGUCGGUGAUCCUGUUAAGGCCAAGAUCUUGGAUAUUGACCUCGAGAAGAAGCGUAUUUCUUUUGGUCUCAAAUCUUCAUACUUUGAAGAUGCUGAUGCUGAAGAUGAGGAUGAGGAUGAGGAUGAGGAUGAAGAAAUGGUAGAGGCUGGAUCUGAUGUAGAGAUGGAAGGCACAAGUGACAUUGAUAUUAACAUGAACAAUUCAGACUCUGACAGUGAUGAUGACGAAUAUGAAAACGAAGAAGUGGAUAAUAUUUUCGCAGGACAUGUUGAUAGCGACUCUGCAGAUGAGGACGAAGAAGAAGACCAGGAAGAACAAAGCAAGGCCUUCAAGGGUGAUGAUAGUGAUGUCGAAAUGAUUGAUGCUUCACCAUUGGCUGUUACAUCUGGAUUCAACUGGGACGGCAAGGAUGAUGUGGAGGAAAACAAUGAAAGCGAUAAUAGUGAUACUGACGACUCUGACGAUGAUACACGAUCAAGUAAGAAAAAGAAGUCAAAGAAGCAAGCAGUCAUUGUGAGCGAUGAGACUGAGGAUUUGCAAUCACAGGCACCCCAAGUAGCAGCAGAUUAUGAGCGACUGUUGCUUGGGUCACCCAACUCUUCAUACUUGUGGAUUAACUACAUGGCAUUCCAGCUUCAGCUGUCAGAGAUCAACAAGGCGCGCGAAAUUGGACAGCGUGCACUCAAGACCAUCAGCUUUAGGGAGGAACAAGAGAAGAUGAAUGUAUGGGUGGCUCUGAUGAACUUGGAAAACACUUUUGGCAGCUCUGACACCUUGGAGGAGGUAUUUAAGAAUGCUGUUCAGACAUGCGAGCCCAAGAAGGUCUAUCUUCAACUGGUCAAGAUUUACGAGCGAUCUAAUAAGACUGAUCUGGCAACCGAACUUUAUAAUACUAUGACUAAGAAAUUUGGUCAGAGUUCAAAAGUAUGGACAGGCUUUGGUCAUUUUCAAUUGCAUCAUGGCAACUUGGAAGCUGGACGUGAAUUACUUCAGCGUAGCUUGAAAUCUUUACCUAAACGGAAGCAUAUCAAGACAAUCUCCAAAUUUGCACAGCUCGAGUUCAAGUAUGGUGAACCAGAACGCGGACGAACCAUCUUUGAAGGUGUCAUGUCUAAUUAUCCUAAACGUAUUGAUCUUUGGUCCAUCUAUAUUGAUAUGGAAAUCCGUAACGGCGAACAAGAUGCUGUCCGUCGGUUGUUUGCUCGAGUGGUAUCAUUGAAACUUUCAUCCAAGAAGAUGAAGUUCUUCUUCAAGAAGUGGCUUGCUUAUGAAAAGGACCAUGGUGAUGAAGAACAUAUUGAAGAGGUUAAAAGGAGAGCACUUGCUUAUGUCGAAUCAUUAUCGGCAUAAACAGUAAAGUAAAAACAAGAUCCACUUCAACAUUCAUUUGCCUAUUCCACCUUUUUGAAUUAUUUUUUUUUUUUCCCACUUUCAU